AGUGAUCCAUAUAGCUGCUUCCUCCAUUCGUGCACUCUCUCCAACCAAAACAAAACAGAGAUGGGGAAGAAGAAAAGCAAAGAUGGCGAUGGCGGCCGACCGAGAACCGAAAGCGAGCACUCCCCCUCCACUAUCUUCGUCUCCAACCUCCCCUUUUCUUUCACCAAAUCUCAGCUGGAAGAGACGUUCAGCGACAUUGGACCGAUUAGGAGGUGCUUUUUGGUUAUGAAGAAGGGGUCAACUGAGCACCAUGGUUUUGGUUUUGUUCAAUUUGCUGUAACAGAAGAUGCUAAUCGUGCUGUUGAGCUGAAGAAUGGUUUGUCCAUUGGAGGUCGAAAAAUAGCAGCUAAACAUGCCAUGCAUCGUGCUCCGCUUGAACAACGAAGGCCAAAGACUAAUCAAGGAACUGACGUGGAAGAGACUGUGAAGACAGAAAAUGACAAAGACGGUGACAAUUCCCAAGGGGAAAAGGAUGCUUCAAAAUUGCAGGAAAGAGUUGUUACUUUGGAAAAAAAUACAAAGAAACCUGUGAAGACUAGAAAAGCAGCAGCACUAAGUAAUGUUCAAGUGGCAAAAGUGGGUGGUUCAGAAAAGCAGAGGGUUGCCAGAACUGUUAUAUUCGGUGGUCUUCUUAAUGCUGGUAUGGCAGAAGAUGUUCAUCGCAAAGCUAGGGAGAUUGGGGACGUAUGUUCCAUCACUUAUCCUCUUCCCAAAGAAGAGCUUGAACAACAUGGUCUUGUGCAAGAUGGAUGCAAAAUGGAUGCUUCAUCUGUACUUUAUAACAGUGUCAGAUCAGCUCAUGCUUCUGUUUCUAUGUUACAUCAAAAAGAAAUAAAAGGCGGUAUUGUUUGGGCACGUCAGCUGGGUGGGGAGGGUUCCAAGACUCAGAAGUGGAAGCUCAUUGUUAGAAAUCUUCCUUUCAAGGCCAAAGAGAAUGAAAUAAAUAACAUGUUUUCACCGGCUGGGUUUGUCUGGGAUGUUUUUAUUCCACAUAAUCCUGAGACAGGGUUAUCUAAAGGUUUUGCAUUUGUCAAAUUCACACGCAAACAGGAUGCGGAAAAUGCAAUAAAAAAGCUAAAUGGACAAAUGCUUCAUAAAAGAUCCAUAGCUGUUGACUGGGCUGUUUCAAAGAAGAUAUAUGAUAGUGGCAUUAAUGCCCUUGCUUCAGAGGAUGGACAAGAGGAUGAAAGAGAUGGGGAAAGUGAUAGUAGCAGUGAUGAUUUUGAGGAUGAUGCUGGGGAUGUCUGUAUAAAGUCCCAGCACAAUGAUGGAACAGACAAUGCUCUAAAUGACUCUAACACCAUAGAGAAAACAGACAUCCCUACUGAAAUUAAUUUUGAAGAGGAAGCAGACAUUGCAAGGAAAGUUCUAAAAAACUUCAUCACACCCUCUGGUAUAGCAACUCCGGAUGAUGAUUCCACACUGCCGAAAAGGAACAAGGAGACAUCUAUUGAUAUAUCCGUUGACGAGCCUGAGAAAUUAUCUUCUGAGAUUACAAAAGCAUCAGAGGUUGAUAAGCCUGGAAAGAAAAGCAAGACCAUGGCAUCAAAUCUUAUUGAUGAAUCUUUUGAUGAGCCUAAUUACUCAUCUCUUGAGACUGCAAAAGCAUCAGACGUUACUGAGCCUGGAAAGUUAAGUAAAAGCGUGGCAUCAAAUCUUGAACAGGCAGACGAAGGAGAAGAUUUGCAUAGAACAAUUUUCAUAAGCAAUCUUCCUUUUGAGAUCACUAAUGAAGAUGUCAAACAAAGGUUUUCCACCUUUGGGAAAGUUGACUCUUUUGUCCCAGUCCUUCAUCCAGUCACCAAGCGACCCAAAGGAUCUGGCUUUCUCAGGUUUAAAACAAAAGAUGGAGCUAGUUCUGCCGUUUCAGCUGGGAAUGCGGAAUCUGGCUCGGGAAUUACUCUGAAAGGUAGACAAUUAACAGUGUUGCAGGCUUUGGAUAAAAAAUCGGCUCAUGAUAAGGAAUUAAAUGUGGCCAAGAAAGAGGACCUAGACCACCGCAAUCUCUAUCUAGCAAAGGAAGGUCUUAUUCUUGAGGGAACUCCAGCUGCAAAAGGGGUUUCAGCUAGUGAUAUGUUGAAACGCCAAAUGGCAGAAAGAAGCAAGAUGUCGAAACUUCAAUCCCCAAAUUUCCAUGUUUCCAAGACGAGAAUAGUUAUAAAAAAUUUGCUGAAGUCCAUGAAUGAAAAGGAACUAAAAAGACUUUGUAUUGAUGCAGUCACCUCACGAGCUACAAAACAAAAACCUGUUAUUCGACAGAUAAAGUUCUUGGAGGAUGUGAAGAAAGGAAAGCUUAACACAAAGAAUCACUCUCGUGGAGCUGCUUUCGUUGAGUUUACAGAGCAUCAGCAUGCGCUUGUGGCCCUCAGAGUUCUGAACAACAAUCCCGAAACUUUUGGUCCCGAGCAUCGCCCAAUUGUGGAGUUCGCACUGGAUAAUGUCCAGAAGUUGAAACUACGAAAUGCUAAGAUUCAAGGGCAGCAGAAUGCAGCUCGUCGUAAUCCAGGUGUACAGCAAAAGGAUGGCUCAAAUAGACCAGAUGCCGAUCCAAGCCAGAAGUUCAACAAACGGAAACAAAGUGGUGACAAGCAAAAUCUGGAUGAAUCAGUACCAAAUAAAGAAGAUGAAGUGGAAAACGGGGUUGGUGAUGGAACUGCCACUGACCGAGAGAGAGCUUCUAAGAGGCAUAAGAAGGGUCCAUUCGGAAAGGAAAAGAAGAUCUCAUCAACAAAAGUACCAGGAGGCGCAACAGACAAUCAUCAAGAUGGCGUGAAGCCUGGUCGUGGGGGAUCAUUCGAACGUGAAUCCAUGGCCAAUGGUGCACAAACAUCAAAAUCUAUGGGAAAGGCAAAUGUAGGAGCUCAAAAGAGGAAGCUGCAAGCGCAGAAAGAGGUGGAGGGGGGAGAGACUGAAACGAGGAGAAAAAGGCCAAAGAAAAAUAAAGACCCAUUAGGGCGGGACGUUGUGGAUAAACUGGACAUGCUGAUCGAACAAUAUAGAUCCAAGUACUCACAACGUAGCUCCGCCCAAACCGAUGGCGAAAAGCAAGGUUCCAAGAAGCUUAGAAAAUGGUUCCAAUCAUAACUUUUCGUUUGAUCUUGUGAAAUUCCAUGGUGAUAAAUCUCUCAAGAGAGAAACUGUAAAAGCAGCGGCUAUAUAUUUUGCGAUUGUUUAAAUUGGUAUUGAAUUCGUCAUCCACGAAAUUUGUCUCUCACUUGCAAA